GCUGCCUUUCAGAUGGCCUGGACUGUGAAAACCUUCAGUGUGCCUGGGAUGACUUUUGUGAUAGUGUUGUUAACAAAACAAAGGACUUGUCUCCAUCUGAUUAAAAAAAAGAAAGCAACCAAAAAUCUCUGGUGUACGUGCCCAGAAUCCAGUAUGUCCUGAAGCUCUUUCGUGGCUGUUUUGGUCACAGAAGAGGGUGAAAUGCCAACAUCUCGUCAUUCCUGUCUGUGUGUGUGUUCACAGGUUUAUGCUCACACACACAUACAGAGAGAGAGAGAGAAAGAGAGAGAGAGAGAGAGAGAGAGAGAGGGAGGCAGGCAAAUACAGGAUAUGUGUUUCCAAAACUGCUGUCAUAUUAAGACACACUCUCAUAUCCUUUUCAUUGUUUUACUGUUGGCCUCGUUGGCCUGAUGCUCAACAAGCCACCCACAAACCACUUGUUGGAAAUAACUGCUUAGCUCUCAGACUCGUGUACCGAAGGAGGAUCGCUCACCGGUUUGCAUGACACCAGCUGAGCAUUUGAAGAUGAUGCGAUUUCUGUUCCUGUGUCUGCUGCUGCUGCUGCCAGCUGCUACUGCUGUUUCAGAGGAGCUUGAAGGAUCAGCUGAUGGAGGUUUGGAUGAUGAGGAUUUACACGAGGAAACAUUGAUUCCAAAUGUUCGUGGCAGACCUGCCUCUGGCUCACUUGCAGAUAAGACUACAGGUGAAGAUAAAACAUCAGAUCAGUUCACCCUGAUUGUCAUCGUUGUAGUCGUGACCGCGUUGACUCUUUCAGUCGCAGCGAUAGUCACCAUAAUGUUAGUAAGGCGCCACAUGCACAAUCGGCAGCAAGGGAUCUACUCUGUGCCGACAGAACAGGACCAGAAAGGGGUCUAGUUCCAGGUGGAGUAGCAGUCCUAUAACAUGCAGACAAGAGAGGACCAGGCGAUGUCAUCUCCUACUCCUUGACUCAGGACCGUUGUACUUCUUUGCACAACAGCUUGCUACUCACCAUUCAGUUCAUUGCUGGCUCCUACAAACUCUUAUGAAUACAUAGCAAAAUAUAUAUAUGUAUACCUAUAUAUUUUAUAUAUGUAUACUUAUAUAUUUUUUUUUUUUGUACUGUUGAGUACUUUUGUUUUUGUCCCAGCCGUUUCUACUCCACAUACACACAGUUUAGCCUGGGACACUUGGAACGCAUUCAAACCUUCUAAUUGGAUUCUAUUUGAGGAAUCCAAAUCAAAGCCAGUGAAUAUGGCUUAGAGCUUCUUUUGUUAAAAGGGAUAAUUUAGCACAGCCAGAGUCCCCCCCCCCCCCUUUUUUUUUUUUUUACUACCUGAAACAAGAAAUUAUUCCCACCAGCCAGGCGGUGAAAUCUGUAUUUGUGUUUGAUUUGGUGCAUGUGGAACAGACCUGUCUGUGCGAAAUGGUCGAUGAGUGAGACAAACCCUGCUAAUCCACACUAAGCCAGCCCAGUGCUCACUUCAUUCUCCCAUUCACUUGUCUGACAUCUUCUGUUCCUGGCCCAUUAGGAAUGACAGGAGGCAGUGCAAUAGGAAGAUAAAAACCUGCCCCCACCCCCCUCUUCUCAACCUCAGUAAAAAAGAAACAAGUGGAAACCGCCACCGUGAACAUCUUCUUGCAAGGGAGCAAAUUAAUCGACCGCCAUGAGUGAUGAUGUUUUCUUUUCCCCCUCUCUUUUUCGUUUUGAAAGGCUUUCACUUUAGCCUUGCAGAUUGUAAAUAGCUCUCUGAAUGCUGUAGAGAGUUAGAUUAAUGCCUCACACGCUGGCAGAGAGGAGCAGGGUGCGAGGGAGGGAUGAAAUCUCGGGAAUCAAAUAAAGUGUUGGGGAUGAUUGGGAACAUACCAGCAAUGCCUUUGUUUCAUUCAUAUGGCGCAUGAUGGCUUCUCUGUUUUCAUUUAAAUGGAAAUCAAUCAUGCCCCGUGGAAGAAAGCUUCCCAUCAGAGAACCAAAGACACUGGCUGCCUUAUUUGUUCUAACAGAUCGGAGAACUUUCUGCGGCAAAGGUCGAAGGGGUAGGGGACGUGCUCCUUGGCGACGUGACAGUAUCUCAUUUGCAGCACCCGGAAGGGCUAUAUGGGGUUAAACACUGGAUUUGUCAAAGCAGGAUCUCACUUUGCUCUUCCACUAAAUCUUGCAGCUAAUCUCGCCACUGGGGGCAGGGCUUGGCUCCAGGCCAGCCAGACUCGAGAGCAAAAACAACUGUGCAGCCGUCGUCAGGGUGCACUGUGGCUAGACGUCUGCGCCGGGGUGUCGUCUUAAAAAUGACGCACCCCACUUUAUUUAACACAAACAGAUGUGAUCAUCGUUUGUGCAUUCGUUUUACUGUUUGUAUCUGAGCACUGUGUGUAUAGUAUACGUUCUCAAAAGUGUAGCAUUGCCCAGUCAGCCUUCAAUAUCUGUCAGCAUUUCAAAGGGAGGACAAUUUGACGAAAAUUGCAGUACAAAACAUUUCAGUUUUUUGAGUCUUUGUAGUCUACGUAUUCAUAUUUACUGAUAUUCACUAUUUCUGACAAACAAAGUGUGAUGCCGUAACAUCAGCAGCAGAGUAUUCUCUUUGAAUGUUUUUUUCCCAAAUGUACAACGCAAAUAGACUUAUGCAAAAGUCCAAAGUGAAAUGCAGUAUUCGGUCCAGGCUCCUCCACGCGUGUGAACAAAGUCUCCUCUAUUAUUCCCUCCCGUAGAGACUCUCUGCUGUGACACUACUGAUGUAAAUGUACCAAAAUGCCGUUGAGCUUCGUUUCCUCCUCAACGGGACCUCUGAGUGAAAAGGUUGUGCUUGUUUGUUUCUUUUCUUUUCUUUUUUUUUUUUUUUUUAAUGGCUGAUUUCUGUCCAGUAGCCGGCCCUGCCAGAUGAACGCGCUGCAGCUCGAUGAAGACUGAUGCAAAGAGACAAGACACAAGCAAAUAAAGAAAGCAUCUUCAUCAAUUUGGCAACACAUGGGCAGCAUUAAAAAAAGGUUAAAAGUGAGAAAACACAAAGUACAGAAAACACAGCAAAGCUCAGCUGUGUUCUCUAUUCUAUGUGUCUAUAUUUGGUUAUUUUCUCCAUUUGCAGCAAUGCUGUGUUCUGUCAUAUGGAAGAUGUUUUCUCCACCUGCUUGUGUUUUGUCUAUUUGCACAUGCUUUCUUAAGUGCACUGCAUUGUGCUCUCAGGACCACCGUACUAAAGGCAUUGUCUGACCCUAUGCAAUUUUUCUAGUUUUUAAUAUAUAAUAUAUUGUACGUAUUUACAAAUUUACUGAGCUAUGCAUUUGCAUUGUGUCUCUUGAUGGAAAAGAUGGUCUUUUUAUAUACUCGUUGACUUUAAAGGGUGAUGUCUUCUCUCUGCUGUUCAUUUAUAAAUUGUGUGUAAAACUGCAGUUGCAGGUGGGAGUCUGUUAUUUGCCAAAACCUCUUCUAAAUGAAAUAUGUUUGUAUUUUAAUGUCAUUUUGUAGCCAAAUGUAAUAUGGACUUAAAAUUAAAUACUUGUGUAUUUGUUUCUAUGCACUUAUGUAUCCAGGUUAAUCCAUACUGUACGUAUUAUUUGUGCCAAGGACAUUCAUAGUGGUCUUUCAUCAUAUCAUUAUUUAGAACACUGUAUAAUACAGGAACUUAAAUCUCACAAUAAAACAAUUACAGUAGUGGACUGUGUAUCAUGAAAUGAUUCUGCCUGCACAGCUGCUGUUGCCUUCAUUGUGUUCUUAAAACAAUUAGAACAGUGAAUACUCCUGUAUAUUAUGUAGGUAUGCUGAACUCUGGAUUGUGUUGAUUUUAACAUUAAAUCUGUUCUAGAAUUUG